GAAGCUUUGUAGCGGCCGGACAUAAAAUCUCGCGCCAAAAAACUGGGAGCCUUAGGGUUGCUAGGGCGAAGCGGCGAUGGCGGGCGGCAAAAGGGGCAGCAAGAGGCAAGCAUGGAGCGAGAGCGAGGAUGAAGAUUAUCGUGCAGAAGACGAUGCUAGCGGCAGCCAUUCCGACGGCGAGUCCGUCGAAUCGCAUCGAUCUGAGAAGAUGGACCCAUCAGAGGAGAGCUUCCAAAACGCCGAGACCAGUGACGAAGAAGAGGCCAGUGAUAUCAGUGCUCCGGGCAAAGUAAAAAUGGAGGAAGAUGUGGACGUCAAGCUACUCUCUGGCUCUGUUGCCACAGCACCGCCAUUUCCAACGGUAAUAGCUCCAAAGCGACGGUAUGGCACCAGAGACGAGUUCGAGGACUGGACGGGGCCAAGCAGAAGGAAGAAAGCGAAAAAGAGCAAGAAGGCUGUGCAAGACGAGGAUGACGACGACAACUAUGAUCCCGCCACCGAGAACUUGGAAUGGAAGCAGUGGGCUCGAGAGUUGGAGACGGAUAUAGUGAAGAUGGGGAAAUGCAGCAGAUGGGGUGACGACGACAUGGAAGAGGAUCAGCCGAAGAAGAAAGUCCUGGCGCAGCACGAGACGCCAUCGGAGCUCGUGUUUCCACUGCUGCCGUUUCAAGGGGAGUUUCUAACGUGGAGUUUGUCGCGGGAGGAGUCAAACAUGCGGGGUGGUGUUCUUGCCGACGAGAUGGGGAUGGGAAAAACUAUCCAGGCCAUCUCACUCAUCAUUGCAGGCAGAACAGCAGGACACGGGCACGACCCGAAUGCUCCUGAUGCGAAAAAUCUCAACACGACUCUGGUGGUUUGUCCGGUGGUGGCAAUCGAGCAGUGGAAGAGUGAGAUAGAACGGUUCACCAAGGAAGGGACUUUGAAGGUGCUUAUCUACCAUGGAAACCGGAAGCAUAUAACUGUCAAGGAGUUGGCCAAGCACGACGUGGUUUUGACGACGUAUUCGAUUAUCGAGCACGACUAUCGCAAGAUCCUGCCCGACAAGCUGAGGUGCAAAUGGUGCCAGAAAGCUUACUCCGCGCAAGGGUUGGCGAAGCAUUACAAGUAUCACUGUGGACCCGAGGCCAAAAAGAGUGCGGCGCAAUCCAAGCAGAAGAAGGGAAAAAAAAAGGAAGUGAAGAAGGUGGUGAAUCAGAGGAAAGGGAGUGCGGCCAAAGAUGAUUUUUCGCUUCUGCAUUCCGUGAAAUGGGUGCGAAUUAUCCUCGAUGAGGCACACACGAUAAAGGAUAGAGCCUCCAAUACUGCCAAGUCGGUGUUUGCACUGCAGUCUUGUUACAAGUGGGGCUUAAGUGGUACACCGCUGCAGAAUCGCGUUGGCGAACUUUAUUCACUUGUUCGUUAUUUGGAAAUAAAUCCUUAUGCGUAUUUUUUCUGUAAGAAGUGUGACUGUAAAUCGCUCGAAUACUCGGCGACAAUGUGCGAUAAGUGUGAGCACGCCAGCACACUUCAUUUUUGUUGGUGGAACAAAUUUAUUGCUCAGCCUAUUUCAAGGUUCGGAUUUCAACAGGGAGGUGGGAAAUCUAUGAAGUUACUGAGGCAAAAGCUGCUGGAUGAAAUGCUCCUGCGGCGGACCAAAAUCGAACGUGCAGCAGACCUCUCUAUGCCUCCAAAACUGUCGUUCGUGCGGAAGGUAGUUUUUGAUGCCAAAGAGGAUGAUUAUUAUCAGUCUUUAUACUCACAGAGCAAAUCCGUCUUUAACACAUACGUGAAAGAAGGAUCCGUUCUCAACAACUAUGGUCACAUAUUUGACCUGCUUACCAGAUUACGCCAGGCAGUGGACCAUCCUUAUCUUGUCGUUCACUCUGCUACUGGCGCGUCGGGAGUAUCUGUGACUACUCCUCUCUGUGUAAUUUGUGACGAGGACUGCAUUGAUCCUGUGUCUGCAAAAUGCAAGGACACGUUUUGUCGAUCAUGUCUGGAGAAUUUACUGUCGGAAGGCUCCGAGGACACCAAGAUAGCUUGCCCAAGAUGCGAGACGCCUCUCACGGUUGAUGCCAAGAGCUCAAAGGUUGUUGGAAAGAAGUUAACAGGCUAUAGAAAAGGGAGCAUCAUCAACAGACUGGAUUUGAAUGAUUUCGUUACAAGCACCAAAAUCGAGGCUCUGAAGGAGGAAGUUAAGAAGAUGAUCUCGAAGGAUACAUCUGCCAAGGGUCUGGUAUUCAGCCAGUUUACGUCAAUGCUGGACUUGAUUGGAUACUCUUUUGAACUCGCUGGAGUCAAAUGUGUAAAACUCGAUGGUGGCAUGUCCUUGUCUCAGCGAAGCACUGCCAUUGACACAUUUAGGAACGACCCAGAGUGUAAGCUCUUCCUCAUGAGUCUCAAGGCCGGCGGCGUGGCGCUCAAUCUAACUGUAGCAUCAUACAUUUUUUUGAUGGACCCGUGGUGGAAUCCAGCAGUGGAGCAUCAAGCUCAAGACAGAAUCCACCGCAUAGGCCAAUACAAGCCCAUCAGGGUGACUAGAUUCGUUAUCGAGAAUUCUGUGGAAGAACGCAUUCUCAAACUACAGGAGAAGAAGCAGCUGGUUUUUGAAGGGACUGUUGGUGGUUCCGAGCAAGCGCUAGGCAAGUUAACCGAACAAGACCUUCGAUUUCUUUUCGCAACCUGAGGAAAAAUCGAUCCAAGCGUUCUUGUAUACACACACGCACACACACACACACACACACACACACACGUGAUACACGUGAAUUUUCUAACAAGAUAUACCGCUCCAUCAUAAGACUAUCUCGCUUGAUCCAUUUAUGUA